AUGUCUCACCAAGAGCCGACCGAGGCUGCGACACCAGUCCAAAAGCUCGUUUUGUUCAAGAGUCCUCUCAUAGGACGAUCAGACUCAAGUGACAAUGGUCUUCCUACCAAGCAACUUACUGCCCCUGAUAUGAGCCUCUUUGGUAACCGAUACGACGAUGACUGCCCGCAAUUUCAAAAACAUGAGGAUGCCAGUCUACUCGAGCUUUUCUACGACCUCUUCUUUGCUGCCAACUAUACCGUCUUCUGCGAGACCCAAGGCGUCAACAGCCCUGACCGUUUCAAAGCCUAUGUCGGCUACUUCACUGUCCUUUGGAUUACAUGGCUCACGACUAGUUUGUACGAUGUUCGAUUCGUAACGGACAGUAUCUUUGAACGUGUCGCGCGUGGUAUUCAUCUUGGUGUCAUGGUUGGAUUUGCUGUAGUUGCCCCCAAGUUUAAACCUGAAGACCAAGACAUGAAGACGAUGAGAACAUUUUCCAUCAUCCUCAUGGUGUCCCGUCUAGCCUUGGCCAUCGAGUAUGCGAGUAUCCUCUGGCACAUCCGCAAGUUCAAGAAGCAAGCUCUGCCAAUGCUGCUUCAGAUCGGAUUGAACUUUGUCCUCGCCAUGAUCUAUCUCGGUACCACAUUCCGCUUCACCAACCACAACAGUAACGUCUACAUCACGUGGUACGUCCUAGCUGCCGUUGAGCUUGUCCUCGCAUUCGUAUUGGCAUACAUUUUUCCGGUUCUCGGCUUCCAAGGAACACACUUGAUGAAGCGCAUGGGUCUUUUGACUGUUAUUAUUGUUGGCGAUGGAAUCAUCACAAUUUGCAAAAGCGUUGUCACUAUUGUUGAGAAUCCUGAUUCAUGGAAUGCUGAAACCGUCGGUGUUGUUCUAUCUUCCGCUACCACCAUCUAUGUUGUGUUCCUAAUCUACUUCGACUGGAUGAAGAACCCUUACCUCCCAAAGUUCCGCCAACAGCUCUGGACUAUCAUCCACUACCCCCUUCAUCUCGCACUUUGCCUGUUCAUCCAAGGCUUCACUCAACUAGUCAUCUGGACCAAAGUCUUCAACGUCAUCGAGACAAUCGACCUGUCCAAAGACAUCAACGAAGACGACAUACCCGUGGACAACAUAAGUGAGAUAACGACCAAGAUAAUGCGGGACAUCUUUGAGAGUAUUGUACAAAGCUUCUUCACACUCUUUACGCCGCAGUACAUAGAAACACAGGAGGCCGUCGUCACAUCCCUUGACGAAUUCUCUACUAUCAAUGAUACCUUCUGGGUACCUUUCUUUAACUGGGCCGAAACACAACUGGAUGAGGAUAUGCCUGAUGCCAAACAGUUCCAGAUUUUGUCUGAUUCUCUGCAGGGACUUGGAAAUGCUAUGAAAAAUGCUUUGCUCGAGACCUUCAAGAUCAAUCUCGUCAAUGAAGUACAGGAUUACAAUAAAGCGAACAAUAUCACCGAACAGACCGGUGCCGAGUUCGAGGCCGACCUCGCCAACCGACUGGACGCACGCUUUCAUCUCAUCUUCAACUACACCUAUAUUGCUGCGGGCGUCUCACUUAUCAUCAUGGUGGUCCUAGCUGUCAUGUCAAGAACAACCCGCUGGAGCAAAUGGGCUAUAACUCGCCACAUCAUCUUUGUUCUUCUCGGCAUUGGCACAAGCCUUGUCGCAAUAAUCAAGUACAACCAGGAACGAGCCGAGAAAUACCAGACGAGUGGUUGGAUGAUACCUGUUAUCACUCUCGUCUGGGUCACGGUCCUUGUCUUGACUCACAUUCGUAACCCGCCACCAUUGUUCUUCAAGGGUAGCAAGUCAUUCUGGAGCAAAGAAAACGAGUCGCAGACUUACAACCGGGUUAUGCCUUCUGAACAGCAGACCGCAUACAAAGCUGUUCCUCAUACUCAGGUCACUUCCUCAGUCUAG